GUAUUGGGCAAGCAAAUGUCAACCCCCGCAUUUGACUCUCCAUGUCGAGCACAUUGCACUGUGUGAUUCCCAGUGACUUUUAAAUUUUCUUUCCUAAGUAGCGUGUGUUAAGUCUGGUGAAUUUCGGUGGUAAAGUAUAGCAUUCUCAGUGUGUCUCUGUGUAUGUGUGGUGAUCCUGCUCUGUGUAUCAUUGCAAAAGGCUUGGUAUAAUGGUAACGUUAACUCCAUAGCAUAUCUGGAAUCUGGUGGCAAUUUAAAAUCGCAGACCCGUAAAGAAGAUGGUUGGUGUACUUUUGACUUUCGAGGUAGAAUGAGAAAAGUGGAUAUUGGGAAAACUUUAUCAGGCUUUGUGAGUGAUGACGUGACAGUGACUCACCGCGUGUCACCAUGAGCACGACGGGUGGCACCACCACUUCUGGUGCACCUUCUCCUCCCCCGCAACAAACAGACGCCGUAGCGAACUCGGGCUACGGCAGCGGUGACGAGACCACUAGCCUCUUGGCGCAAGAGCCCCCAGUCACCAUCGUACCAAGCAUCACCCCGGCCACCAGCAAACCCGUGUUAAUGCGCCAAGAAUGUACGACCUUGCUCUUGUCCUCUCCAGGCCACGGAGGAGGUAGCCAGGAGAGUGGCACUGGGGUCUGUCUCAUGGAGGAAAGCACGGGGGCCGCGAGGUCUGUACCUGACAUAGAGCUCCACUGCCGUCUGCAAGGCGACUCUUCUGUCGGGGUCACCUCGCCUGCAGGCAGCCACCAUGGCCUGACGUCUACAUCCACAAUGGCAGGCACCUGCCGCCUGAGAACAGCGUCUGCAGGAUACCACCUGCUGCCACACGCCCACUCGAGAUGUCGAUGUGGCGAAAGACGUGAUUCUCAUUCGACCCUGAUGCUGCAGCCAUUGGCGAGGUCGGUGUCUAGAGAGAGCGUCAGGUCUGUGGGACUGCACCAUCACCAUCAGUGUCCCUGUAAUGUGGCCCCGUGCACUGGAGGGUCGUGCCCUGCACCACCCCCUCCAGUUCUUCUCACUACAUCACCAUACAGUGUGUACAUCACCUGCAUGGCAGCGCACCCACACAACCCAGCGUCUCCUUACGGCAGCUGCGGGAACCUGGUGAUGGCAUAGCAGGAAUCGCUGCUGACUCUCUGCGCAUCAAUGGCGCCAUCAGGCAGUUCAAACAGCUGCGGAAGCCCGUGUCCACGCUGUCCAUCCCGGCUGCUAUGAAGGGCCUGCAGUCGGGGAAAGACGUGGCCGGGCCUGGGGUCACGGAAGAGGCAGGAAUAGCUCUGGUCGGAGUACACUCGGAGUACCCCCGCUACACGGAAGAGCGAGGGCAGGGCGGCGGGCUGUGCAAGAACGCGUCCAUCGAGAGCGCGGGAGGUGGCACAGGUGCGGCGGGCGGCAAACACAAGCCCAACGUGGGCUACAGGCUAGGCAGACGGAAGGCGCUCUUCGAGAAGAGGAAACGCAUCAGCGACUACGCUCUCGUCAUGGGCAUGUUCGGGAUCAUUGUGAUGGUCAUCGAGAACGAGUUGUCCAGUGCCGGAGUCUACACCAAGGCGUCGUUCUACUCGACGGCGCUCAAGACGCUUAUCUCUGUGUCUACUGUGAUUCUUCUAGGGCUUAUCGUGGCCUACCACGGGCUGGAAGUACAGCUGUUCAUGAUCGACAACUGUGCGGACGACUGGCGGAUCGCUAUGACGUGGCAGAGGAUCUCCCAGAUCUGUCUGGAGCUGGGUAUCUGCGCAGUACAUCCCAUUCCGGGCCAGUACUACUUCGAGUGGACCACGAAGCUGGCCAACAAGGGCGGCGAAAUGGGCUCCAAAUUGGUUCCAUACGAUGUAACGCUUUCCCUGCCAAUGUUUCUCCGCCUCUACCUCAUCUGCAGGGUUAUGUUACUUCACAGUAAACUAUUUACUGACGCUUCUUCCCGGAGUAUCGGUGCUCUGAAUCGUAUCAACUUUAAUACACGAUUCGUGCUCAAGACGCUCAUGACCAUUUGUCCUGGUACUGUGUUGCUGGUUUUUAUGGUUUCACUGUGGAUCAUUGCCAGCUGGACGUUGAGGCAAUGCGAAAGGUUUCACGACGAAGAACAUGCCAACCUACUAAAUGCAAUGUGGCUUAUAGCCAUCACAUUCCUGAGUGUGGGUUUUGGUGAUAUUGUGCCUAACACUUACUGCGGACGAGGUAUUGCAGUCACGACAGGCAUCAUGGGUGCUGGGUGCACCGCAUUGCUGGUUGCCGUGGUGUCUCGUAAACUGGAGCUUACGAGAGCAGAAAAACAUGUACAUAAUUUCAUGAUGGACACCCAGUUAACAAAAAGGCUAAAGAAUGCAGCAGCCAAUGUACUGCGUGAGACAUGGCUCAUCUACAAACAUACACGCCUAGUGAAGCGUGUGAAUCCUGGCCGGGUACGCACCCACCAACGCAAGUUCCUCCUCGCCAUCUAUGCCUUGCGCAAAGUCAAAAUGGACCAGCGAAAAUUAAUGGAUAAUGCAAAUACUAUCACUGACAUGGCAAAGACACAGAAUACAGUCUACGAGAUUGUCUCAGAUAUGAGCAAUCGCCAGGAUGCUCUAGAAGAACGUUUAUCAAGCCUGGAAGACAAACUGAUAGCCAUACAGGAGCAAGUAGAGCUCUUGCCAGAUGUGCUAACAAGGUGCCUGACCCAGCAUGCUGAGCGCAUGGACCAGAGACGGAACUUCCUGCAUCCUGAAUCAGCGGCCUCGCUCCAGCCAGUACCAUUAACACCAGCCCCAACACUCCAUCAUCCACUGCUCAGCUCCGCUCCGGGUGCCUCCACAAGUCCACUUCUCAUUCCCCACUCACGAAGUGUGCCCAACCCCUGGCCCCCUAGCCCCAUAUUACCACCAAUCAGUAGCAGAACACCGCAUUUGGUCCCUGAGCCUAUGAGACCCUCCUCCAACAGCACUGCUACCACUACCACUACCACUACAACCACAUCAUCAUCAUCAUCUAGCUGAAAAACAGAAACUACUCGGCCUUAUGACUGUCCUCUGUUGGUAUAAAUGUGGCAUUACUGUAACCAAUAGGUGUGUAUGUAGGAAAAAGUGAGAUACUGUAAUGUUAUCUUUGUUUGUGCUUUGUACAGCAGUCAGUAAUCACUCCAAAUAAACGUACAAUUCCAACAUCAUAGCUGGUCAAUGUUGGACAUGUUUACGUACAGAAAAAGGGUGGGAAAAUUUCAGAAUGUCAUAAAGCAGUUGUUCUUAUUUUUACUGACCCAGAGACUACAGCUGUAAACAGCAUUAUCAACCUACAUUAUUAUCUCUCAUUGUGUCCUCAUGUGCCUAAUUCUUCAUGAGCAUCAAAUGUCUUUUAAUUGUUUAUAUAUACUGAGACUUUAUUUCCUUGUUCUAAUUUUAAAUUCUUUCAGCUUAAAUUUUAAAUGUAAAACAAACACAGAUCACAUAUUUCGUCAUUCCCACUUUUCUCAUAUUUUCUCAGGAGAGAAAUAUUAAGCUACUAUAUACCGAUGAGCUUAAAAUUGUGGACAAAAUUUUAAAUUUUCACCUUUCCAGUAGCUUUUUUAAUAGAUCUAAUUGUACUGCCAAUUCAAAAUAUGAGACCGCCUGUUACACUUAAUGCUAGAAAAGAAGAGAAACAUUUAUUCCUUGAUUUACUGAGCUUUCAUCAAUAUGGCACAAUAAUUUGUGUUGAAAUGUGUAGCUCUUUCCUAUCCAUUCCAAGUUUCUGUAUUAUUAUGAGUGAUUUGUAUAAGGAUAUAUAGUGUUAUUUUUGGUACUGUGCUUUAAACGUGACUUCAUAACACAAUAUCAACAUCUAUACCAGAUUAACAGCUAGUCUAGUGUAUUUCCGAAUUACUCCAAGACAUAUAUGACAACUUUAUUUGAAUGGGUUAUAUUAUGGUAUAGUCCCAAAAAUAAAAUGUCAGAGUGGUCUCUGAUAUUCCACCUCAAAUUAACAGGCCAAGCUGUAAGUUCUUGUAUUUUCAUUGUAUGUAAAAUUUUAAUAAAAAUGUGUUUAAAAUUCUCCUUUCAAGUAUCUCCAUGAAGAUAAUAUUAAAUUAUUGAAGCAAAAUUGUCAUUUUUAAAGAAGAUAAAUAAGAACAAAGUUUUUAGUCGUUUCUAUUAAACCCUGCAUAUGUUUGACAUCAUCAUCUUUACAAGAAAUGCCAAGGCAUUGCCCUGGAACACAACAAAGCACUGGGGCACCACACUGGACUGCCUUACUUCUAAUAGAGUUUGAUGAUAGUCCACGAGACUAUCAGAUGUUAGGAAGUUUUAGCCUUGAGUGAAUACUACCCUUCAGCCUUGCAUUAUCUCUCAAUUGAAACAAAAUUUCAGAAAGGAAGUUGGUGCAUUCUGUGUAUCUCACCUGUUCUUUAUUUGUACAUCUGGAUAUUUCAUUUUAUAAUUACAAUUUCUUAGAGCAUUAUAGAAAAGUUUGAAUUACUUCUUUCUUCAUAUCCAGCACAGGAUGUCCCAUGAUGUAUUUUGUAGUGCAGUCAGUAUAGUAACUGGCUAUGGGUUGGAUGUCUGAGGGGUUGGAGUUCAAGUACUGAUAAGGAAAAGAAUUUUCUGUUCUCCAUGUUGUCCAGACCAAUUCUUGGGCCCACCCAGCCUUUUAUGCAAGGUACAGGGACCUGUUUACCCAGGGGUUAAGCAGCUGGCACAUAAAGCUGACCAAUCAUCUUCAGCUAGUGCCAAGGUCAAGAAAAUCUGGAUGUAUACAUCCACUCCCCCAUACCCCUUUAUGGCAUAGUGCUUAAUUAGUUAAGCACAGGUAUUUUACCACCAUACAGACAGCAGACUCAAUUGAAGACACAAUAUCUUCCAGGCUAACAGACAAUAUAAGAGAAUUUUGCAUUAUGCCUACAAUGGAAAACUUAUUUAACUGCUCAGUUUGCAGUGAAGAGUAAUAAUUUCGUUAUAAACCUAAAAUAUGUUACAUGUACAGUGUAUACAGGGCUGAUAUUUAUAUAGAAAUGUGGUCUGUUUUCAUUCAAAUAAUAUAAUAUUAUAUAACUAAAAAAUAAUUUAACUAUGAUUAUGUACAUAAGCAAUUAUUUAUUUGAAUUAAUUUAUAUAAAGCUAUACUUAAAAAUAUUUCUUACUGGGUAUAUGAGUACGAACUGAUUUAUUCUGGCACAAGACUAAGAAGAGUGACAGAUCUUGUGAAUGUAGUAAUGAACCUUUUGGUUCUAUAAAAGGCUGGUAAUUCCUUGCCUAAGUGAAGGACUAUUAUUAGCAUGUCAAGAAUGACUGUGCUCCUUGAGUUAGCCAUAACGUUGAGCUGGAAAUUUUCCUUAAAACUUUCCAUUGGACAUGCCAUUUGUACUUAACCCUUUGCCAUAUUAUUUAAAUACACAUUAUAUGAACCCUCUAUGCUCAAUUCAUUAAAAUUCCCUGUGUACAUUAUGCCCGAAUAUGUUAAGUGUGGCAGGAAACAUUGGGGGGGGGGACAUUCUGCUGGGCAUGGCAAAGGGUUAAAUAUUUCUACUGUGCUAUUUCUGUAAGAAGUAACUCAUAAGAAGUGAUCAAAAGUGCAGCAAAACUGUAUGAGAUGCCCAUGUUUAUGUCUGUAGUGUUUGAUUGAAGUAGGCCUAAUAUAAAAUUCUGUAUAAAUCAUUCCACUUCUUCAUUUCAUCCAAUUUCAAUACUAAUCAUAUGUUUAUACAGAUAUUUAGAGUUCUUUUGCUUUUUUUGUAAGAUUAUCAUGUGUCAAAAGUAAAGAAGAGCCACAUUCAUACCUAAAGGACAAACAUAACACCAUGUGUUUCUGGGUUAGGCUCAGCUGCACUAAACUCAGUCUUUCAACCAAAUUCGUGGAGAGUGCCGUCCAGCUUUCAACCACGACCAGGAUAAUGGCCGCCGGAUUGCAACACUUCCUCCUGUUGUAUGCCUUUUUCUGAUACUGCAUGAAGACAUUUUUUGUCGUGGAGUAAAGUGGAAGUGUCUAAUGAAUGAAUGUUUAAUAUAGAGUAUACAAAGAAAGACAGAUAAAACAGAAGAUUUACAUUCUGUGUGAAUUACAAAUGUACAUUAUAAUGAAAGCCCUCAGAAACCUCCCGAACAUAUUUCAAUUGUUCACACUCAUUACAACAAGUUAUGUUAACAGCAAGAAAGUGAUAAAAUUCCUGCCCUAAUAUUCUCAAAACUUUGGCACAAAAUACUGGGCCAAUUACAUUAACUCCAACAUGGAAACUCCAUGUCUGUGUACUUAUAUACAUAGCAACUCCAUUGCCCCUUACCAAUGAAAACAAAUGAAGAGACAAAUCCUGGAUGUGAAAACUAUUUUUGCACCAACUCAGAUUGUCUGAUAAUUUGACGUACUUUAAAGUAAAGGUAUAAACAGCAUAGUGAUAAUUUGAAAUCUGUUGUGAAAGUACAUUUCUUCUUGUGAUAGUUAAAAGUAUGACAGAGGGGUACAUUUACAAAGUGAUUUCAUGGAUAUCAAAGGACAUCAACAUCGCUAGUGGGUGUACCCCUGAUGGCCUUAGAACUAAAAGUAACUUGUUUCACACAAUGGCAUAUGAACAGCAUUCUUAGUAUAAACAUAACAAUGAAGAAUAUAGAAAAGGGACUCAACGAUGGAAUUUUACUAUUGAGACUGCUAUAAAAAAGUGAUACUUAAAAGAAUAAUAAUUAUUACUAUUAUUAUGAUUAUAUUAUUAUUGUUAUUCUUGCGAAGCUUUUUCUUUGUAUUGACUUCAUUCUUUGUUUAAGACCAUGGUUUCUUAAUGAGCCAAUCUAUAAGUUAUGUACAUAUAGAAGGUAUGUUAUUGAAAUGGAAAUUAAUUUAAUUUCAUGUUCAUGACAUAUGUGGAUACUGACUUUAUGUGUAUCAUUUUAUUGUUAUUUGUGCCUGUGAUUAUAGGACAGUUGUGUCUGAUUUUGAAUAUAGGGAAUUUAAGUUUCUAUUGUCUGUUGUGACCCAUUACCAUGCCAGACAUCUAGAUGUAGUAAGAGGCCAAACAACUGCACCAUGACCCUUCCUUGUCGAUUUUUAACAAGUAAAAUUAGUCUGGAUAGUAAUUUGAAUAUAUUAGCUGGGCCAUGCAAUUUAUCAUUUAAGGUAGGAUUCAUCCAUUUGAUCGAGUGAGUGGUUUAAAGAAUUAAAUUUACUGUAUUGUAAACGAUAUCAAGAAAGUGGCACCACAUAUUCAGCCAUCUUACAGAGAGGCAAAAAUUAUGUGAUCGAUCCAUUUUUAAAAUUAAUAAUAUCAGAAUUGUUUUAAAAAGAACUGUAUUCUUUGAAUGGAGGAACAGCUUACAGAGUAGUGUUUUUAUUCUGGGGGGAGCAGUUCCUGCAGUAAGAAAGGAACUAAGCAGAAUGUUUCUUGAAAAGCUGAUAGGCACUCAAGCAGUCAAAAUAUUCCCUAUCCUGAAACUGAUAUUUCAAUCUUUACCUUCAUACCAAAUUGUUGUUAGGUUCAUUUUAAUAUUAUCCUCCAGUCCACUUCAGUUUCUCAUAGGUGACAGCUUUCCUUCAAGGUUUAUUAACUAAAAUUUUGUAUGCAUGUAACAUAUCCCCAUAUCUACCCCAUCACAUCCCCCUUGAUUUCAUCACCUUAAUAAUAUUUGGUGGAGUAAAACCUAUUGAUAUUAGCUUCGUUUAAUUUUUUGCAUACUUUGAAGUCAGACUUUUGAUGUAGACCACAUCACUACGGUACAAGACCCCAGAAUUUUAGAAAUUAAAGAACUCAUAUAAGUUUCAAUCACACACAGUACUGCACCAUAAUACAAAUACAAUUCAUAGAUUCAACUUUCUUAAAAAUAAUCUUCUACUAAUUCAUAUGACACCACAAAUAUGUUUCAUAAACUGAUAAUAUGAUUUCAAUUUAUGGACCAAAUUUACUAGAAAGCCCAUUACUGUGGAUUGUCCUCCAUUCUUCUGUUAUUUCCUCUCCCUUGGGUCCAAAUACUCUCCUCAACAUUUUGUUCAGAACCAUCCUUGAUCUGUGGUCUUCCCCUGGGGGGGAGAGGCCAAGUUUUAUAACCAUAAUAAUACAAGAAGUAGAAGAAUAGGUGUUUAGAUUUUAACGUUUAUUUUUUUAGACAGGAGACUGAAAUAUGAGAGAUACUGAACUGAACAGUGAGAAGGACUCUUUGAAUUCAAUCUUCUCUUAACUUUCUAGUCAGUGUCAUUUUGAUUUGUCAUUGUUAUUGCCAGAUAUCUGAGCUUAAAAGGAAAUGGCCUUAUAAUUCUGUUAUGCAACAAAUGAUAUUACUCAAUAAUUUCAGGUUCAUCAUAUAUGUACUUAUACAAUACAGAAGGACUUGAUCUCAAAAUAUGUUAAUUAUUCUGAUUGCCAUGACCAAUAGAACGUUGCAUCUUCUAAGAAACUUAAUAGGAAAUAGGCUUCCUACGCAUUCUGUGAUUGGUUGAUGGGUUUAGAGUGAACACAGUUGUACUGGUCAGUUGCUAUUUCCACCACAUUAUAUAAAUUUGUGAUGCCAGUGGAAUUUCUCAACUACUGAUGCAAUGUUUAUUCAGUUUAGUUACAAGAGCCUUUUUUUAUAAAGCAUGGAGUUGAGAUCUGAUUAUAGUAAGUGAGGUUUUGAGAGAGGCAUCUUACCCCUCAGUGAUUCACCAAAUAUUUUUUAAACAACAAGCAGUGACUUUAUAAAAAAACACUGAUAGACUUGUUCAUCUGAACGAACAUGAAUGUAUCUGGACGAUACUAAAAUGACUGUACAAUCUUGAUAUAGCAUGUUCAUUUUUAAACCUAUAAAAUAGCCAUUCUUUGAGAAUAAACCAUUUAAAAUUAAAAAUAAUCUUCUUUUUUUGGCGACCUGAAAUAUCAAAUUUGGAUUAAUUUUGUACUACUUAGCUUGUACAUGGCAUUCAUAUAAUGCAAUAUGUGUUACUACAGCCACUGUCCCUUAUUCAUUUUGUAAGGGGAACAGUAUGGAGGAAAGUCCUCUGCUUAAAUAUUUUUGGAAUCCAAGUUUGCACACCAAGAGUUUUCUCCCCUCUUGUUUUGAAACACAUUUAAAAUAACUUUGUCACCUUCACCAUUCAAGAAGUUGGACUCAUAAUAUACCAAAAAUAAAUCUGUAUCCCCUAGACUGACUUCUGACAACUUUGUUAAACUAUAAAUGUUGUGCAGUGGUGGUUAUGAGAUCCAAAGUUCAUAGGAAGGUAUUAAAAUUAUAGCUAUAUCAUUAGUUUCUUCCUUUCAAGAAUUACUUUCACUCUGUAAUCUUUGAUUUACUUCCCAACAGCACAUGAUGUCCAAAAAUGAUCAAAGGACUUUCUAUAUGAAAAUGGGUAGUGAAAAUAAAUGAUUUGCUUUAUAGAUUGGCUCUGAUCUGUCUGUUAUAAACUUGAAAUCUGAAAUUUCACAAGUAUUCCUCUAACAUCCAAUAAACAAAUCUUCCAUAAAAUCUUGGCUGCCAGGACAUUACUGCAAAAAAGUUUGACUCUUGGCAUUUUAUCAUAGAUAAGAAAUUUAAAAGAAUCUAGUGUCUUUCAAGAUAACUCCAACUCAUCAUUUUGACAUUCUAGAAAAUGUCCCAUAUAGUAACACUGAAGCAUAAAAACACAUGUCUAAGAGUGAUAUGUUCCAAAGAAAGUUAACCUAGUCCUUUGAAAUAAUUUCUUGUUUUUGUUCUUUCUGGAAUUUGUUACCAUUUACUCUUGUCCAUAACUAAUAAUCAACCAAAUAUCAACCACUUAUUCCUAGUCCAUAAAAUGAACAUGUAUAUCACAUUUAAAUCUUUGUAUAUACUAUGGGAACAUAAGUGAUCCAUUUUUUCAUAUGAAUUGAAUUGAAUAUUUAUCUGGUACUAUUUUAAUCUCUGGCCAGUGUGAAACUAAAAUUUGAAGAAUGGAAAUUUUGUAUGUUCAUACAAAAAUUAAUGUGAUUUUCCAACUGAAUUGUUGAACAAUUUAAAAAUGAGACAUUUUCAGAAUGCUUUAUUGUGCAUGUAUUUUAAACUAUAAUAAUAUCAAUACUUUAUCAUUAAUUACUACUGGCUACUAAUUAUACUGGAGUCUGAUUCCCAAUACUUUCUCAGAUGUACCAUAUAUAUCACCUCUGAAUGGAAAUUCGAAGGUGCCAUCACAUAGUUACAACAAAUAAUUAUAGCCUACAUUACAACAAAAGACCAAAAUCUAAAUAUUUAGUCUACAACAAACCCAGAUAUAUAUAUAUAAAACAUUAUUAUAUUUAUACUAUAUAUUACUACAAUUUAUGCAGUAAUGUUAAAAAUUACCUAUACAUAAUAACAGUGGGUUUGUAUAUAAGAGUAUAUAUAUAUAUAGUUAUGUAAAUAUACUGUUACGUAGUUUGUAUGGCAGACUUGCAUAUCAGAAGUUUUACUGAAGUGACAACAACCUAGGACGAGUACAACUCUAGAUUUUACAGUUAAUUAAGAUUAUGUGUAAUGAUUCCAGUCUCAAAUUAUUAUUGUUCAUUUGGUUUAUGCUUGGACCAAGAGCAAUGUGUUUAUAAGUUGGCAGUGCUGUUUCUUGUGGCAAAGUAUUGGAAUGUACAUGAGAGAAAGGUUCAGAAGGUGUAUGAAUUUGCUACCAGAAAGUUUUAAUGACAGAGAUUAACUAAAGCUUAUACAUAAAGCUGAUUACCAGAAUCCAUGAAUCCUUUUAUUUUCAUUGUAAGAUUAUUAUAAUGUCAGUGGUGUCAAUUAAAAUACUUUCACUUUAUAAAUUUACUAAUAUGUCAAUGCAAUUGUUACCCAGCAGUCAUCAGUAAAAGCCCUGAAAAAAUUGAUAACUUUUUCUGGACUGUAUCCAGCAAUGACUAAACAUAAAGGAGCACAAAAAUUUACUGAACAUAUGUACGAUUAUGUAGGAUUGUGAUAUUCAUAAUUGAUACUGCCUUCUCACUGCCACUUUCCAUCACUGAUUGUAUACUAAAAUAUUUGUCUGUCAUCAGUAUCUUGAAGGCUAGCCAUAAUUUCAGUCUUGAAUAUUUUCUUUUCAGUACUGUUACGUUAGAAGUUGCAUUAUAAAGUAAAAGUUAGAUUUUGAUGAACAGUAAAUAAGUGAUUUAUAUAGUAAUAAGAUUAAUAUAAUGUCAAAGUAAAUCCAUAAUAUAGAAACACAUGUGUAGCUACUGCUCGUAUAAAGAUUAGUACACAAUGUGUUUAUUUUGCCAGAAGUUAUAGCACAGGGCUGUUCAUCUUCAAAUCACUGAAUUAUCUGAACCCUAGAUAUAGAGACUGAAACAGAAUUAGUUGGCAAUCUUUACUUCCAGUCUUAGCAGACCCUGACUGUUCAGUCUCACAACUGAAGCUUAUCAUACGAUGCACUCACUGAGUUCUUAGAACAACAGAACCAUUGCAUAGAGAGCAACGGUUUUGUUUGCGGUAACUUGUUCUGCCUGGAUAGAAGUCCCUAAAGUAAGGUCAAAGGGUCAUUGGGCCUAAUCCAUAUAUUGCAAUGUAUAGUUGUUGUCAGAAGUUUGUAGAACUUUUCAGAGCUAAAUAUAAAAUCACACUGAAGUGCAGAUGUGAAAAUACUGAAAUAUUUCUGAAGGAAAUGUGAACUGAGUACAGGUAUACCCACCAUCUAUUUCAAAACUCUGAAUGCAGAUAAACAGAUUAAUUUUUAACAAUUAAAUUUUUCACAAAUUGUCAAUGAAUAAUCCAAUUCAAAUUAAAUUUUUAUUUGGAGUUUAUAGCUUUAAAAACGGAAAAAUACAAUUCAUUUUCUGAAACACUGCAUUUCAGAGUAAUGAAAAGCAUUUUAAGUUCAGACCAGCAGCUAGUAUGCUGGAGGUUUAAAUGCCACUCUUCAAAAGUUAAAUAACUUAAGUUUAUAAUUCUGCAUGAUUUUUUAAAUCAUUUAUUGUAUGUCAUAUGAAAUCAACUGAAAAAUUCUAUGCAAUAUUUAAUUACUUUCCAUAAAGCUUCUUGAAAAAGUUCUGCCAUCUUUGUUUAAAGAAGAGGAAGUCAUGACACAUAUUCUGGGAAUGGAAACAUAUUCCCAUGGGCUGCAAAAUGUAAACUGAUGAGACGUAAGUGAUCCACUUGUCAUGAGCUGGAGAGGCCUAUUUUAGCAUGUUAGGCUAGUCCUGGCUCAUGCUUGUCAGAUUAAGAUAUUUAAACUUCAUAAAAUGUAAGGUAAUCACCUGUAGCAAGGAUGGAACUGGCACUAAUGCCCACAUGCCGAAUUCUAUAUUAUUAAAAAAUAAACUUCUGAUCUCUGUAGAGGGUUACAGAAAGAGAUGAAUCUAUGGACUAGAACAUCAUACAGUUCUGAUUUUCCUAAUGAUGUAUGACUGUAAAAUCACUCCAUUUACAGCAUGUAAAUUGAUACAAUAAGAAGUACAAAUAUUUAGGCCCAUAAAGGAACAUCAGUAAUAGUAAUAAUAAUGGCUUCAUAUCCAUUGAUAAUGGUACAUAUGAAGUGGGUUUUGCAGAGUUUAUGAAAAUUUUCGUGAAAAAUUGAAAGUCACAAGAAGCAGUCCUGCCACACACUCACUGUUCUAUAUAAAGAGCCUGUGAGUAGAAUAGAAUAGAACUGGACAAGAUCUAAAGACACAUUGUUCACAGUUCCAAAUUUUGCCUUCUGAUGCCUGAGUAUGGCAAAGUUCAAACUGUAGAUGGCACUUCACUCAGAAACAAUGGAAGGCUAGUUCAGCACAUUUUAGUUAUAUUUCCUUCCAAUAAAAAAUAAAUAAAUUAAUAAGAAUAUGCAUUGUGAUAGUAAAAUGCUUUCCACAAAGACAUUUAAAGUGAUGUGUGAUGGUCUUUUGUUAAAAUAAGAUGGACAGAAUUUAGUACAUGGUUUGUGAAAGGAAAAUGAAAUGUAUUGUUGAAACGUUUGUGCUAAUUAAUAUAAUAUAAAAAAUU